UUCUGUCAUCUUUAAGUUGUGAUACUGUAUACAACAAUAGUAUGGGUAUACAUUUUUGUGACAGGGAAAGUCAGGCUUUCUGAAAUGUUGUAACGUAUCGUACAAACCGGUUACAACAUGUUUACUGUGUAGUAUAUUCCAGCUCUUUAGAUAAUGAGUCUUCAGCAUACACACACACAGUGUUUUAGAGAAAUCAAACAUGAGAGAAUGAGAUAUUUUUAUAAUUACUACAAUAAGCGUCACAGUAAAAACAAUUAGGAACAUGAUACUUCAAUCAUACUUCAAUAAAACAGACGACACUUUUUAUAAUUCAUAUUUUACUUCAACUUCUGAAAUCUCCGUGUUUCCGCAAAAAGUAAACUUGUUUAGCGGUAUGAGUUGUAUAAAUGAAAAGCAACGACUUCUGAAGUUCAAAUCUACUGAUAUUAGUCAAGACCUCAAGAUUAUAUCAUAGGUGUACUCUGCUGUGUGUCACGGAUUACAGAUAGGCUAUACUAUAAUGGAGCGGUAUAUUAUUCGAAAAGCCAUUAAAGAAGAUUGUGAAGCAAUUCACCGACUGAUCCAGGAGUUAGCUGACUACGAAAAGAUGCCUGACGGCCCUCAGAUUGAUUCAAAAGCUCUAGAGCAAGAUGGAUUUGGGGUUCGUCCAUUUUUUGAAGCUUUUGUCGCUUCGGAGAAAGAUUCAAACCAAAUUGUUGGCUUCGCGUUAUAUUUCUUUACAUAUUCCACUUGGCAAGGGAAGUCUUUAUAUAUGGAAGAUAUUUACGUACAACCUCAACAUCGAAGAAAAGGCGUUGGUCUGUCUCUCUUUCGUUCUGUUUCCCAGGCAGCACUCACGGAAGACUGUGUACGGUUGAAUUUUUCUGUUCUAAAUUGGAACCUGCCAUCUAUCGAAUUCUACAAAUCGUUGGGGGCAUUGGAUUUAACUGAAAAAGAAGGUUGGCAUUGUUUUCGGAUGAACCGAUGCGAAAUGGAACAAUUAGCUCAACGAAAAGUGUGAUUAUUUUAACUAUUUUUAUUUGAGACUAGUUUUAAAAUUGGGUAUUUGGAUUUGGGAUUGGGUAUCAAUAAAAGAAAGAUAAAACAAAAAAAAA